CUAUCGUUUGUAAAAUAGCAUUGCUGUGGUACCGAGAAACCGCCUCAUUGCAAUUACGUAUUCAUUUCUUCUGAAGCAAAGUUCAGCGGAGAGGAAAUUGGUCAAAGUUGAUCAGUUGAGUGCGAGUAAACGCUUGUGCUGAAGACAUGAGAAUGAUGAAGCAAUGGAGUUGGUGGCAUGGCCUGAAGUACCUGCGGUGGCCCCGGGCCGGAGCCUUGUCCCGCCUGCGCGGCCCGAGGUCGCACCGUGUGGGGAGCCGGCACUUCGCAACCCGACCGGGGACAGUGCGGGUAGGCUGCGCGUCCGGCUUCUGGGGAGACACUGCGAUCUCGGUUCCACAGUUGGUGUAUGGUGGAAACCUGGAUUUCUUGGUGUUUGAUUACCUGUCUGAAAUCACCAUGUCUUUGCUCACUGCUGCUAAAGCCAAAUCACCUAAUCUUGGAUAUGUACCUGAUUUUGUGCAGACUGCAAUGGCCCCAUUUAUUAAAGAUAUUCAUAAAAGAGGAAUCCGUGUGGUCUGCAAUGCUGGUGGUGUGAACCCUUUGGCUUGUGCUGCAGCUCUGCAGAAGGUUGUUGAGAAAGCACAAUUAGACAUGAAGAUUGCAGUUGUGACAGGAGAUGAUCUAAUGUUGAUGAAAGAUAUGUUGAAAGAAGUAGGCGUCACAGACAUGUAUUGUGGGAGUCCUUUUCCUGAAAGUGUCCAAAGUAUGAAUGCAUAUUUAGGUGCCCAACCAAUCGGCAGAGCUCUGGAUCUCGGAGCUGAUGUGGUGGUGACUGGCAGAUGUGUCGACAGUGCCCUCGUUCUGGGACCUCUAAUUCAUUAUGUUCUAGAUUCUCCCAAGGUAAAUUGGCAAACGGGACCUUGGAACCUGCCAUGGAAUAACAGGCUUCUAUACCUCUUUCCUGAGGGUAACAACGUAAAGAGGUUUGGCUGGAAAAAAAAUGAAUUUGACCUGUUGGCUGCUGGAAGUCUUGCAGGUCAUCUGAUUGAGUGCGGCGCCCAGUGCACAGGCGGAAUAUUUACAGACUGGCAUAGAGUUCCUGACUGGGAUAACAUUGGCUUUCCAGUGCUUGAAUGUUCCUCUGAUGGAAGUUUCACCCUUUCUAAACCACCUAAAACUGGAGGCUUGGUAUCAUUUGGUACUGUGUCUGAGCAGCUUGUGUAUGAGAUAGGUGACCCUCGUCACUACCAGUUGCCUGAUGUUGUCUGCAAUUUCUCCCACGUUACCAUAUCUGAAAUAUCAGGUAUAGAAGGAGGAGCUGUGCAUGUCCAAGGAGCAAAGGGAUUACCUCCUUCUGAUAGUUACAAGAUUUGUGCUACGUAUUUGGAUGGAUACCGAACAACAGCUGUGUGUCCUGUGGGAGGAUGUCAGUCUGUAAAGAAGGGAAGACGAACAGCGGAGAGCAUUCUAAAGAGAGUGCGACGCAUGUUCAAGGAAGUUGGACUAGUUGACUUCAAAUCGGUGAAUGUUCAGAUUCUGGGAUCUGAAGAAACCUACGGAGAUCAAACUGCAAGCAGAACUUAUAGCCCUCGGGAAGCUGUUAUUUGGUUGGCAGUUCAUCACAUGGAGAAGAAAGCCCUGGAACUCUUCUCCCGUGAAAUCGCUUCAGCCGGUUCUGGAAUGGCACCAGGUCUAACUGGAAUUGUUAGUGGAAGACCCAAGGUGUCUCCUGUUCUAAAGCCAUUCUUCUUUUUACAUCCAAAACAGAAUGUUACGAUUGAUCUAUUUAUGAAUGGAAAUCAUGUGGAAACACUUAAAGAAGAUUUUAACUAUCCACAUUCGUCUGCGUCAGAAGAAAAUGCAGAACAGGAGCAGGAUGACCUAAUUGAUUUGCCUACUGGCCCUUGCAGCUAUCGACUAGAAGAACUAGCCUACACCAGGAGUGGUGACAAAGGCAACACCGCUAACAUAGGUGUCAUCGCUCGGCACCCUCUCUAUUAUCCUUAUUUACGGAAAGCAGUGACUGCCAAGGCUGUGGAGGAAUAUUUCCAGCAUUUAAUACAGAAGGAAGAUUCUGACACAAUGAUGGUAACCAGGUUUAUCUAUGCAGACGACCUAUGCAUAGCAACACAAGCUAACUCCUUCCAAGAAGUUGAAGUAUGACUUACAGAAGUCCUCGAAGGAAUGAAGUAGUAUUAUGAAAAAUGGUCUCUGAACCCAAAUCCAUCAAAAACUCAAGUGUGUGCAUUCCACUUGAGGAAUUGAGAAGCAGCUCGGAAACUCAAAAUCUUCUGGUGUGGGAAGGAGCUCGAACACCAUCUGACUCCAAUUUACCUGGGCGUGUCACUGGAUAGGAUGCUUUCAUUUGCCACCCACAUCCAAAAACUCCAAGGGAAAGAUGGCUCUCGUAAUUCUCUCUUGAAAAAAUUAGCAGCCACGAAAUGGGGAGCUAAUGCUCACACACUUAGAUCAACUGCCCUAGAACUCUGCUAUGCACCUGCAGAAUAUGGGGCAGAUCAACCCAUGCAAAGAAAAUAGACCCGUUGCUUAACGAAGCCUGCCAAAUAAUCACGGGCACACUGUGCCCCACACCCAUUAACGUCAUUUACAGACUUGCAGGCAUUGCUUCCCCAGAGAUCCAAAGAUACAAUACAAGAAAAUUUGAACAAGGUAAACAGAACUUGGAUCCACAGCACCCACUACAUCAUCAUGUACCCGUUUCAAACGCCUAAAAUCAAGGAAAAGCUACAGUGGAGGAACUACCGCACGGAACAUCCCCGCAAACAUACAGGAUUGACCUCUGGCAACAAACAGAAGCCAGAACCCCGCCAAACAAUACAGUGCAAGACCCCACAGAAAUGUUGCCAGACGGGGCACUGCUUGACAGACGGAAGUGGUGCACUCUCAACAGAGCGGGCGGUUGUAGGACAGUAGACAAUAUGGUGAAGUGGGGUUUAAAGACCAGCGAAUCCUGUGAGUGUGGUGAAAGGGUGCAGAACAUUGAACACAUUCUGCGCAACUGCCCACUCUCACCUGAUUUAGCUGACCCUGUUCAACAUCAACCAAACAACACUGGAGUAUCUGGCUGUCUGGUGCGAUGAUGAUGAUGAAUAAAAAUAUUGAACAAUAAAUAAUUUUGUAUGGGGUAAUCUUAUCCUCUAGUAGCCAAAUCAAGUCUAAUAUUUUCAGUACCACCCUAUCCUCAUGAUCAGACCUCUACUGUCCAACGUAUGCUGAUACCUCUUCCUUCAACUGCUUUCACUGCCAUUUGGUACUUCCAGAAAUAGACUUUUGCUGAGUCCUCCACACCACUGAGUACUGUAUUAUGGUUAGUGCAGAGCAGGGGAUCUGUCCGUCUGAAAAGUCCAUACCAGCCAGAGUAUGUCUAGAAGCAACCCAGCCAGUCUAUUACACCAGCUAUUUCCCACUUCACUACACAUUCUUUCCUUUAUUCAGCUCCCUUAUGAAUGCGUUUUUUAAUGAUUUGAUUCUUCUGCCAAACAACUUUGUUCUGUGUCCUCUGUUUCUUGGCUCCUCUGCCGAUGGGAAUAUUUUCACUCUACCUGUCUUCAUGUAUUUAAGUGCCUCCAUUUGUCUGCCACAUUAAUUCAACAUCCACUCCCGCUCUGAUCUUUCUGCCUGUGACCACACAACAUCUCAUUUUCCAUUUGGGCACUUCAGGACUCAGCGCUGAAUUCUUCGAUUUUGGAUAUCUUAACUCAUUCUUCCUUUCUAUCUUUAUUUAUCUUUGAAUUGAAUUGACUUUUUUUCUUACAUCCUUCACAUACGUGAGGAGUAAAUAUCUUUGCGUAACGUCUCUAUCUGAAUGUGCAAUAUACAGAUUAUAGUCAUUUGUAAUAAAUAGUAUGUACAGUAAGAUACACAACAGAACAGUCAUUUUAGCUUAGAAAUACAAUUGUGUCAGCAUGAAUUAAUCAGUCUGAUGGCCUGGUGGAAGAAGCUGUCCCGGAACCUGUUGGUCCUGGCUUUUCUGCUGCUGCGGUACCGUUUCCCGGAUGGUAGCAACUGGAACAGUUUGUGGUUGGGGUGACUCAGGUCCCCAAUAAUUCUUUGGGCCCUCUCUAAACACCUGUCUCUGUAAACAUCCUGAAUACUGGGAAGUUCACAUCUACAGGUGAGCUAGGAUGUCCGCACCACUCUCUGUUGUGUCCUGUUAUUGAGCGAAGUACUGUUCCCAUACCAGUCAGGAUGCCCUCAACUGUAGGAAGUUCUUAGGAUUUGGGAACUCAUGCCAAACUUCUUCAACCGUCUGAG